AUUUGAAUACCGUAAAAUAUUAUCAGGAACCAGUAGGAACUGUCAAGGAACGAACAGAUAGGAUGGCACCCAUUAAUAUGCACAUAGCAUAUGUGUUUUUGUUGAAUCAUAUGUUGAUCGAAAUUGCAACAGUUUUUCCUUUUAAUACCACCAACAUGAGGCUCAUUGAUGGCACUGGAGCGGACGACGGUCGUAUUGAAUUAUAUAUUGAUGGCCGCUGGGGAACAAUAGACAAAGGAUCUGUUGAGAAGUAUGAUGCACAGACUAUAUGCAGAACGCAUGGUGCAAGCUUAGCUAUGUAUUUUGAUACUGCAAUAUAUGGGGAAGGAACUGGGCCAAUGCUGGUAAUCAAUAUUAAUUGCAAAGAAGAAAAGGACACUAUAUAUAGAUGUUCAUUAAAAGCUCCGAAUCGUCGUUCAAGCUCUCACCGGUACGACUUAUCCAUAGCUUGUACAACUUGUGGUUUACCAGAUAUUUAUAGUGGAUACCCAAUAGCAUUUAGUGGAACCGAAUUAAUGGUGACAUGUCAUACAGGAUUCUAUUCAAUUAAUAUAAAAAUGAAAUGUAUAAAUAAUAACAGUUGGUCCGAGGAACAAAGAUGUACACACUAUUGGUGCGGAGAAUGAAUCUUACAGUAGAAUCCCGCUGAUAAGACCAUUAACGGUUCUUUCAAAAAGUACUUUUCAAAGUUGGAUGGUCUUAAUAUAGGGAGAAGUCAUUCAAUUUAUAUCUAAAAUGUGUAACGUGUAUAGGAAAGUGCUAUUAAUUUUUAUUCUCAGAUAAAAGCUGUCUGGACCCUCAGUAUAUUGAAUUCCGGAAAAGGACUGCCUAAUGGGGCUGCACUUCUGGACAGUUAAAUGCCUUUAAAAACUCACCUUUUUCAAAGAUUAGUUACACAUGUUCGUUUUGAUGCAUUUGCAAUAGCGUGCAAGUGGUGAAAUUUCGCAUAACAAGGUGGAGCACAGUUUUCAGCAAUUGUUUAUCUUUAUUUCUUUACAAAUGGCAUUCAUUUUAAAAGGUAGACAUUUUUUCCCGAUUAUUUUAAGUACAAAUAGCAUUCAUUUUCAAAGAGGAGACAACUUUUUCCGAUUAUAUUAAGUAAUCGUCGAGAAAAAGUGUUGUCUCCCUUUGAAAAUGAAUGCCAUUUCUGAAAAAAAAAAUAAAGAUAAACAAUUGCUGAAAACUGUGUUCCAACUUGUUAUGUGAAAUUUCACCACUCGCACGCUAUUGCAAAUACAGCAAAACGAACAUGUGUAACAGUUCUUUGAAACUGGUGAGUCUUUAAAGGCGUUUGACUGUCUGGAAGAGGGGCUCAUAUAGGCAGUCAUUUUCUGGAAUUCAAUGUUUAUAUCAGUAUACUGACACUUGUUUCGUAAAGUUAUAUACAUGUCUUACAUGCUGUUCAAUUUUCAUGUUAAACAACUCUUUCUUUCAAUGAUUUCUUGUUGUUUGAUUUUUGUUUCUAAAAGCCUACUUCUUAACCUUAACGUAGUUUUGUAGUAAACAUAUAAUCAAAAUGUA